CACACAUGCGUCAGGGCGGUUCGCGCAUGCCCAGUUGCCUUGCAGCGCUCUAGAGGUCUUCCCAACUCCGCUGUUUCUAGGCUUCCCUGGCCUGCCUGUGCCUGGUUUCAGCUGCUACCUUCACUUGCGCUGCCGCCGCCUCCGAAAAGCUGGGAAAAUGAGCUGAGCCUCAGUCGCCGACGUUUCCAGCGCUGACUACAGUGUUUGUGGUGUGUUUCCUGAAGGGUACUUUGCGUCAAAAAAGAAAGAUGCAGUCUUCACAUGAUAAAAAGUUGGACAAACUGGACCCAUUUUAUAGACGUUCAUUAUCCAAGCAAAAGACGAGUGCAGAAAUCAUCAAUGAAGCACGAAAUGCAUUACGGACAAUUAGAACUGAAAGACCAUUUACACCACGUGAAGAUCAAAGAAAACUUUUUGGACCUGCAUCUUCAAGAACAGCAGAUAAUAGACCUCCUUCUUCUUUUAGCCUUCAUGCUUCCAGCUUUGAAUCAUCUGAUUCAAGACCUAUUUCUGGUAUGCGUCUCAGUCCACUAGAGCUUAAACCUAAAGUUCUUGCAUCCUUAUCUAAAGAAGAUGAAGCUUCUAUUUCCUUUCCUAAGCCUCCAGUGGACCCUGUGAAGAUUAGAAGAGUAAGCAGUGCCCGUGCACGUUUAUUCAAGGGAAAUCUCCUUCCAGACAAAAUAUUUCAUCUUGAUGAGUCAAAGAAUCAAUUGAAAUCUGAGGACACCAUUAUCAUACGGGAUUCUUCAAUUAAAGUAAAUGGAAUUUGUCUGACAGAAUUAAAUUCCACUGGUCAUUUUAACAGUAAUAAUCCUCAGUUAACACAUGAUGGAGACCUAAAUGAAACCAGUGAACAGGCCAUUUUGAAAGGGAAAGCAACAUCAACGGCAGCCCAUCUCAGAAGUGGAGGUGAUCUGACGAAAAGACGUGCCAGGGCUUCAUCGUUUCUGGUCAGUACUAACAAGAAUACAUUGGAAUCAGACAAAGAGGUUCAGAGGAGCUCGGAAGAAAUUGAGACAGAAACAGAAACAGAAGAGGAAGAAGCCUUUUGGAGUACAAGGAUCUUACCUGUCUUACAUGAAUUAGAAAAGGAAGACAAUAUUGAAAAUUUUUGUGUUGCCUGCACCCAGCUUCAUCAAGCUUUAGAGGAAGGAAGCAUGCUUGGAAAGAGAUUUAAGAAAAGGAGUGUUCUUCUGAAGACCUUAUAUAAACUAGUUGAUGUUGGUUCAGACUUGCUUAGCCUAAAACUUGCGAAAAUUAUUCUAGCUCUUAAAGUAAGUGGAAAGAAUCUUCUCAAUGUCUGUAAACUCAUAUUUAAAAUUAGCAGGAGUGAGAAGAAUGAUUCUCUCAUCCAAAACGAUAGUAUUCUUGAUUCAUUGUUGGAGGUGCUACGAGUAGAAGACCUUCACACUAAUAAUGAGGCUUUUUUGUACUGCAUGGGGGCUAUUAAAUUCAUUUCUGGGAAUCCAAGAUUUCUUAAUGAAAUGAUCAGCAAAGGUGUUGUUGAAAUACUGCUACAUUUGAUGAAGCAGAUAAAUGAGAACAUGGGGAAAUCUGGGGCGUGUUCCUCCAACUCAGGACACUUGUUAGUCCAGAUGACUGCUACCAUGAGAAAUUUGGUUGAUGUACCUCUGGCAAGGUGUAAAUUGUUGAACAACAAUGCCCUUCCAGAUCUCUGUGGAGUGAUGGAACAGUAUGCAAAUGAUAAGGAUGUCUGCACCAACAUUGCUAGAAUAUUAAGCAAACUUUCUUCCUGUCACGACUGCUGUGCAGCCUUGGCUGACUGUUCCAGAUGUUAUGCCUUAUUUUUGAGCCUGAUAAACCAAUAUGAGAAGAAGCAGGAUUUAGUUGUUCGUAUUGUUUUCAUUCUUGGCAACCUAACCGCGAAAAAUAAUCAAGCCCGGGAACAGUUUUCUAAGGAGAAAGGUUGCAUCCAAACCCUUUUAUCAUUAUUCAAUACUUACUAUGAAAUGGAUUUGAAUUCUAUGAAAAGGAUGGAUGAAGAAGAAGAAAAGAACAAAAAACAGAAGCAGCCUUCUGAGGUAGAAGAUGUUCUCAUGAAGGUGAUCCGAGUACUGGCCAAUAUAUCUGUUCACCCCAGCAUAGGGGCGGCUUUGGCUGCAGACCAUCAGGCAGUGGCACUCCUUAUCACAACGCUGGAAUAUAAAUCUAUUGAUGAAUGUGAGGAACUGGUAAUUAAUGCUACAGCAACAAUCAACAAUUUGUCUUUCUACCAAGUGAAGAAUUCUGUUAUUCAGGACCGAAAGCUGCACAUCGCCGAAUUGCUCUUAAAGCUUCUGAUGAGCAGCAACAUGGAUGGAAUCCUGGAGGCUGUGCGAGUCUUUGGCAAUCUUUCCCAAUAUGAUGAGAUUUGUGACUUCAUUGUACAGAAGAAUGGCUGCACCUUGGGCCCAAAGACUUAUCUCCAUUCCUUUACACUGUUUCUGUCCAAUGUGGAGUUUCGGCUCAAGUCUGAAAUAUAUUGGCUGGUGAGAGCACAGAAGAUGCUCCAACAUGGAAAUAUAUGGAUUGCCAUAAUGAGUGCCAUAUUGGUCCAUAGAGCUACAGCACCCUGAAGAAUGAAGUCUCUUUCAAAGGAAGAAUGGCUUUGAAAGACUUUAGAACUCUCCUGAAUGCAAUGAUAAAUCAUGAGCUCAAAGGAAUGAAACAGGUCCUCCACCUCCUGCAAGAGAGGCAAUGGAUUGAAAAUGAAGGAUUAAAUACACAUUUUUUUAACAUGGUCUAUAUGGGAAUUUGUUUUGUUGGACUGUGAAUAUUUGUUAUGAGUUUUAUCUUUAUUUUCUAUUAUUGUUUAGUGGGAGGGGAGUAGGAGGGAGGAAUAAUGCUUGUAAAAAUAAAUAGAUGAAUGACUAAAUAAAACAGACACAAAAUAAAAAUUAACAAAAAUUUAAGCUUUUACAAGAAAAACAUAUUAGUAUAAGUUGAAAAUACCAUCAGUUUGGGGCUAUAUUAAAAUAUUUCCUAUACUCAGAUUAAUAUAGCAAUAUUCUCAUUUUAUAUAGGUGAGACUCCAACUGGAGGCCAAAGCCUUGUGGACAUUGAAAAUUUACCUAAAAUAUUCCCUUAGUAAUUAACAACCACCACCACCCUCCAUCAUACCCUUCCCCUUCCAGUGAUUCUAAACCCUCAUCAGUCAUCAUCCAAAUCCCAUUCCCCGUUUCCACUUCCUGAUUCCUUAUUCUUUCAAACUCUCUCAUCUCCACUCCCAGUGUCCCAACUCCAAAGCUACCCACCCCUUCCACCGUUCUCUGUGGAAUGCCCACUCCAUAGGCAUUGCUUUCAUCUUAAAUUGUUUCCUUUCUCACUCCUUCUGCCUUCUGGCUCUCGCUGAGUCCUGGCUUCCUCCUAAUGAUGUAGUCUCCCUUGCUGCCCUUUCCAGCACUAACUGCAUUUUCACUCAUCUCCCCUGACUUACUGGUGGAGGUGGAAUAGUUAGAAUAUGCCUUGCUACCCAUUCCACUUCUAGGCUAAUCCUCUAUCUCCACUCAACAACCUCUCUUCCUUCCAUCUAUUUCUACCAUCCAAUCUAAAUUCUAAUAGCUGUUUUCUACUGACCUCCUCAUAGUCCUUUUCUCCUGCCUUCCUAUGACUUCAACAUAUAUAUUGAUAUUUCCUCAACAACCUAAUUUCACAUGCCACAACAUACUCAUUUCAUAAGACCUAUUACUUUACUCUACACCAACCUCAGCCACAUACAAAGAUGGUCAGAUUCUUGAUCUUGCCACCACCCACAAAUGUACCACUUGCAUGUUAAUGAAAUGUGAAAUUCCCUUAUCUGAUUGCAACAUGGCAUCAUUCUGACUCUCCUUUUGCCUUCACUUCAAAUGUGGUUAUUUGUCUGCAUUAUGACUUCUGAUACCUGGAUCUCUCAGUUCUCUACCAGCCCAUCACCCCUACACUAGCUUCUUUCCCCAUCGUGACCCAUGCAUUGAUGAGCCAGUUCAGCUCUACAUGAUUCUCUUGAGUUGCUUUUGCCUUCUUAUGUCACUGAUCUUGCCCUCUCAAUCAGCCUUGGAUCACUCCUAACAUCUGCCUUUGAAGGCUCCAGUACACAUGUUGUUGAACAGAAGUGGAGAAAAUCAUGAAACUGUGUUGACUGGAUCCACUGUAGAUUUAUUACAUAACUUCAACUAGGUCCUAACUGUGGUGAAGCAGUCCUUUUAUAUACCUCCCUCAUUAAUUCACUAUCCCACUCAUCACAGUGGUUCUUUCAAGCAUUUUCAUUCCUCUACAAAUUUCCUAUGGGUCCAUCUCUUCCUUGCCCUCCUCUUCCCUUCUCAACUAAGAACCUUGCCUCAUAUUUUACUGAAAAAAUUAAGGCUAUUCAUCAAGGGCUUCCUUUUCUACACUCUCCAUCUCACAUCACUCAGAUGCUUUGUGCCAUUAUCUUCUUUACUCCUGUCUCACAUGACGAGGUGGCCCUUCUCUUUACCAAAGCUAACCCCUCUAUAUGCACAAGUGAUUCCAUACCAUCCAGUCCUCUCUAACAGAUUGCCCUUCUGUGUUAUUUCCCCUUCUUUCAUUUAUCUUCAGUCUCUCCUUGUCUAUUUGCUGAUUCUAAGUUCAGUGCUGUUUCUGCUAAUCCAUACCAUCUGUCCACCUACAAGUAUACCGUUAGAAGACCAUGUAUAUAAAGUGCUUUAUACCAUAAUGUGCUAUGCAAAUGUAAGUGACCUUUGUUGUUAUUAUUAUUAUUAAUUACUUUUAUUAUUGCCCUAUUAAUACCUUAGGAAAAAUGUCCUAAGUAGGCUUAGGUUCUAUGUUUUGCUCCAUCACUGAUUCUAAGCAAGGCAUUUCUCCUUCCCACUGUCCUUUUUGACAAAAUGAGACUGUGCAUCGUCUUAAGGUUUCACUAUUGUGUUUUUCUUCUCUUUGCUCUAUCCUUUAUUUUUCCUGUUCAGUCUACAAAUUUAUGAUUGCAUUGCUGGAUGCUAAGCACCAAGAUGUUUGCUUUUCUGCCUGUGGAGUUCUCCUAAAUCUCACUGUCGACAAAGA